UGCCUGGAGCUGAAAGAGAGAAUACCAGGUUUGUGGCGGGUGGGGGGGGAAAGAGAAGCAGGACCAUGAACAGCUCAGUGUGGACAAGACUAAAUCCAGGAAGGCUGUCGAAGACUGGGGGAGCUAAGAAGGAGCUCCUGGCUGGCUAUGGAGAUCAAGCAAGGACUGAACCCAGAGCCUAGUCAGACCAAACAAAGGUCCUAUAAUGGGCCCUGCUGAUCUGGUUAAAGACUGAGCCCAGGGAGGGCUGCCAAAAGGAACAUGCCAACUGAGGGUGCCAUGAUGGGCCCCUGUGGGACUGUUAUAGAAGGCAGUGUCUCCAGGGACGAAUUCUUGGCAGUACAGCCCCAUGCCGGGCUGUGGGAAAGAAAAGACCGUAUACCCAAGAAGGGAUUUUGUUUGUUCCAUCUACAGACGGUGUGUGUGAGUUGGCCAGAGGACUGUGUCACUGAAGACCCGUUGAAGAAACUAUCUGCCAGAGGUGUGCUCAUGAGAGUUUGGAAAGGUGCACUGGGGAAAACCCAUUCUUUGCAUACAAGAGGACUCAUUGAAUUAGCAGGAGCCAUAUCCUGUGGCACAGGACGCAAUGCUUUGGCAUAUCUAGGUUACGGAUGCUACUGUGGUCUGGGAGGACGAGGUUGGCCUAAAGAUAAAGUAGACUGGUGUUGCCACAAGCAUGACUGCUGCUAUGACAAGGCAGAGCGGGAAGGCUGCAGCCCCAAGAUGCUGAGAUAUGAAUGGACUUGUGAACACAAUGCUGUGGUGUGCGAUACUCUGACAGAUAGAUGCCAAAAAAUGGUGUGCCAAUGUGACCAAGAAGCAGCCAAGUGUUGGGGCACGGCCUCUUAUAAUCCACACUACGUCCUCUGGCCAGAUUUCUUAUGUGGACAGACUACUCCUAUGUGUAAUUUUAGUUAGAUAUUGGAGGGCAAAACUAAUCUUCCAGGGACAUUUUUCUAAUUUCUAAGAUACUGUAAUAAAAUUGUUCACCUUUGAUCAAGA